AUGAUAUCAUGUGUCUCCACUCAAGAUCGAACUAAAUGGCUUACAAUGAUCCUUAUAACAACAAUUUUCCUCUUAUUUCAAUAUCUUACGCGAUCGAUAGACCCACGUGGAUUCUCCCCUAUUAGGAUACCUAAUACCAAUACUGAAGAUCACGAUGCUGUGUUGAAAGUACGAGCUUUCAAUAAUAAGCAUGCAAGUUUGAAAAUACCGUUUUUAGAUCCUAUUAAUACUUAUUGGCAUCUCGGUGGAUCCAUCCAAGUGCGAAAUACUGAAUCAGUCACAUUCGUUGCUGACGUAGCGUAUGAGAGAAAUGACGAUGAUGAUGUCAGCGAUGAUUGGGACUUUGGGAGGAUUAUAUCGAAUGGGAUUGGUGAUAAUCUAAUUGAUGAUUUUGAAACGAUAUUCCAGUUCAAGACUUCUCUAUUCGAUAGUGCGAAGAAAAGAGAUGAUAAGGGAAUUAAUGGGGUAAGUUUUGUUAUCUCAGCCGAGAAUAAAUUCAUGACAAUGAAACAGAAUGUACAAUCAUCGUAUGGAAAACAACAAUAUCUUUUGAAUUCUGGAGGUGUUAAUUUUGAUAAUUUUGAAAUGAUGGGGUUUCCUAAUAAUUUACCUGGAUUAGCGAUUGUUCUUUCAGAACAAACUUUAGAAGGUAACGAGGAGAAACAAAUACCGUGUAUGGAUAUAUUUGUUAAUACCGAUCCUAAGGAAGAUUAUUUUGCCGGAACGGAGAGUACCUCGAGGAAAUUAAAUUACGACAGUCCCAUUACAUUGGACAUUCAAUCGUUUGAUACUGAGAAUACAAUUCAGUUAAGAGUAAUAUACAUGGAAAGUAUAGAUUUAUUGAAAUUAGAUAUUUGCUAUGAAAGUGGAGGAGAAGACUGGAUAAACCUCUUUGAAGGAAUUAUUGAAAAACUUCCUAAAAAUAAAAAAACUAAUGAAAGAUAUGUUGGAGUUAGCGCUGUGAAAUCACGCCAAAGAAAUGGGAACUUUAAACUACUUAACAUCAAGACAUCAGAAUUCCAUAUUGAUGAGAAUAAUAAUAAUGAGCUUAUACCGAAGGAACAAGCUAAACUGUUUAUUGAAAGAAUAUAUAGGAUGAAAUUACCUAGCCGCUCUACAUUUCCAAAUAUUCAAAAGAAUACUGAGAAUGGCGCUAUCAUAUCAAUUAUUGGGAAGUUCCUGCAUUUAAUUUGGAAAUGGAUUGAAUAUAUCUCAAUUAUCAUAAUCAUAUAUUUGGUAACUGUUUAUGUUAGAGUGACGAAGAGACAUUUGCGACGAAAAAAUAGAAGAAAAUCUGUUGGGUUAUUGCCCAUGUAA